CCUGCGCGCCCCUGCACGCUCCUCUCUAUGGUUCCCAGCUCACAUUCACUUCCGCUUCCGGUCAUUGCCUCCUUUCCCGGCCGCCGCCGCCAAAAUGGUGAACGUGCCGAAAACCCGCCGGACCUACUGCAAGAAAUGCGGGAAGCACCAGCCGCACAAGGUCACGCAGUACAAGAAGGGGAAGGACUCGCUCUACGCGCAGGGAAAAAGGCGCUAUGAUCGGAAGCAGAGCGGAUACGGGGGCCAGACCAAGCCCAUCUUCCGUAAAAAGGCCAAGACCACCAAGAAGAUUGUGCUGAGGCUGGAGUGUGUGGAACCCAACUGCAGGUCCAAGAGGAUGCUGGCAAUUAAGAGGUGCAAGCACUUUGAGCUGGGAGGAGACAAGAAGAGAAAGGGCCAGGUGAUCCAGUUCUGAGCAUCGUCCUGCUCAUCGUUAUGGACCGUAUUAAAGUAAUUAGAUUGA